AUGACGUUCGAGUACGAGCACAACCACCAGCAGCAGCACUUCAAGUACAAGCACGGAGACAAGUACAAGUACAAGUACAAGCACAUCAAUGUCUACUACUUCAACUUCAACAUCAAGCUCGAGUUCAAGUUCAAGCUCAACAACCACAACUACCAGCACAAGCACAACCUCAACCUCAAGCUCAACGUCCACAUCAACGACAUCUACCACUACCAGCAGUACCACCACGGCUGCCAAUCCUGUCGCUUUCAAUUUGGCGCACGCGCCUACCCCAGAGCCGAUGCUUAA